AUACGUGUUGAGUCACAUAUCUACAAGUAAAUGACUUUGGAAUAUACAAAAUAAAUAUUACCUUAGAGAUCACAUCUUUUCUAUUUUUUGGGAGGGUAAAGUAGAGAUCACAACUUCUUACAAAGCAAAGUGAGUUAGUACGUACGUAUAAAUAUAGAGAGAGCGUCCAAGCAGAGAAAUGGGUUUGCGCUCCUUCAUAUCCACCAUCACAUACUGUUUGUUCCUUCGCUAUCCACACAGGAAGCCAAAUCUCAAAAGUCUGAGCCACCUCAACUAUUACCACACCACGCCAAUGGCUCACCCACUUUCUUUACAGACGAUAGACCUGAAAGUAAGGAUGUGCUGCAGUGGAUGCGAGAGGGUGGUCAAGCAUGCCAUUUACAAGCUGAGAGGGGUGGACUCGGUGGAGGUGAACCUGGAGAUGGAGAGAGUAACGGUGGUUGGGUACGUGGAGAGGAAGAAGGUGCUCAAGGCGGUGAGAAGAGCUGGUAAGCGAGCCGAGUUCUGGCCGUACCCGGACAUGCCUCGCUACUUCACUUCCUCCGACCAUUACUUCAAAGAUACCACCCGUGAGUUCAGGGAGAGCUACAACUACUAUCGCCAUGGCUACAAUCUUAGCGACCGUCAUGGUCAUAUCCAUGUUACGAACCGUGGCGACGACAAAGUGAGCAACUUUUUCAAUGACGACAACGUCCACGCCUGUCGCCUUAUGUGAUCUUCCUCUUUUUUAGGGUAUCUACGGGUUUCUGCAUGUUGUAUCGUCUAUAGUGUUGAUUAAUUAGUUUUUUAAUGCAUAAGCAUAUAAAAGCAAGAGUAAAAGAAACUUGCAUACAUGAUAUCCUCAACUUAUUCCUAGAGCUAUUCUUCAGAUUAAGAAAUUGAUGUAGUAUUUUAUGGUCAAAUCAACAAAGACUCAAAAUCACACAAUAGAUCAAUACAGGAAUAUUGACA